CAGGCAGCGCCAAUCCCUCGGCCAUCGUCCGUCUCAGGAAGGAAGGAAGGAAGCCCGAGCAGCUUUAGAGCUUCGUCGCAGCGCCCGCUGGCCUUUGUCUCGUGUGUGCUUCGUGAGUGUGCAUCGCUCUCACGCGCUGUCUCCCUCCUCCCCCUCCCUCUCCCUCCCUCCUCCUCCUCCCUCCCUCGCUCCGUCUCGUGGAUCAUGAAUCGGAGAGACAGGCCGGAGGUGGAAGAAGAAGAAGAUCAAGAGGAGAAGACGAUGCAUUGAACGAAUAAACACCAUAUCCACACCUCGGACCGACAACCCCCCCCUGUAGACAACAACGCCCUCCCUCUCCCUCUCACUCUCUCGUCGAUUCUUGCCUCGGAUCGUUACGAAGCCCCCCCUCGCUCUCCACGACGAUUCCUGCCUGCCUGCCUGCCCGCGUGCGUGCUUGCGUGCGCAAAUGCCUGAAACGGACGCGUCCUUUCUUGUUCUCUGCUGACAUCUUCUGAUCCGGUGCGGAGGAGUCUUCUCGGCUGCACAUCUUCCAGCGCGGUUCCAUUCCGAGUCAUUGCUCUGUAGUGGUCAGCAGGUGGGCACGCAUUGUGGGAAGGGAGCAGAGCCUUUCUUGUCGGGCGAUUGGGUGCAGGGUGAUUGUGGCGAUCUCAAUCGGAAGGGCCGAUUUGCAGUGGUCCCGCAGGCGUGGGGGCCUGGCUGGGCAGCUAGGUGGGAAGGUAGAAUUUAUAAGCGCCGGUUGUCUCUCGAUACACGGAGGACCUGCUCACUGAAGCUAUGGAGAGCAGUGUGCCGACUGCUAUGUGAGCGACAGGGGCAUACCUGGCUCUUGAGCCAGUGCAGGCCCUCAGCUCUAUCUGCUGGUUUUCUACGCGCUGGAGCCGUCUCUGGGCAGUGGCAGUUCUCUCUUGCGAGGCGAGGGUCAGUUGCUGGGACGUGAAUUCUGCGGUCUGAGCUCUUUGUCGGCCCGAAAAUUUCUUGGAAGCUCUUUCUGCUCUGCAUGCCGCUGCAGCUUGCUCUGAACUAUGUGCUGAGACCCGGGCUCGGACUUCGGUGGGGUGCCUGCUCUGAGGCUGUCUGUCCUUCCACAGGGCGCAGCUGGCCUCGAUAGACCACGACGACGGAGACCGGAACGCAGCGCAGCGCGAAAUCCAUCACCCCUCCCCCCUCUUCUUCAACUUCAGUAAUCUGUACAUAUGUGUGAAUACUGUCAUCUAAAUCAACCCAUGUUACUGAGGUCCUGGUGCAGCAGACGGUGAGAAUUCCUCACGGUCGUCUUCCACGCCUCCAGAGUGAGGGACCGAAGCGUUCAGCAGCAGCAGCAGCAGCAGCGCUCGCUGCAGCAGGUAUCCGAGGGCGUUAAGCUGGAAGUGUUUCUGAAGAGUAGAGUAGUCGUGAGGAUCGAAGCAGGAAGUCGGAAGAGAAGGAAAAUCUGUGAGGUCGGCGGUUGAGGGGCCAAGGUGGGCAAGCGGAGAGAGGUGUAGCGAAGGAAGGCGUCUUCCCCCGGACUGUCAGCUGCGCUGACAGCUAUCAACCCGUGAACAUGCUCGAGACCAGAAAUUUUGAUUAGUGUUCAUCAUCCUUCCCCUUGUAUCAUACAUAGUCUGCACGCGCCUAUCGUCUCCCUGAAAAGGGGUGGGGGAGGGAACGCAGAGGUUUGGCCGACAUUCGUCCGUGCCGUGCCCACGAUAGUAAAGACACGAAGACUAGGCUGCGUUAGGAUAGGUUUCGGGAAGAUUGUAUAGUCGAUGCUUGCUUGUCUGCAUCUCUUGUAAGCAUAUACACAAGCUCUCGCAGUUCAAUCUGCGCAAACGGUGUUCCAGUAUAGGAGUCGAAGAUCAAGUUGGGCGAUCUCGAGCUGGGCGAGUCGAGAUUCCGAACACGAGGUCCGUGCUAGCUGACAUUGUCGUGAAGCUCGAUCUGGAGGGGAAACGAAGAAAAUGCCUCCACAUGUACGAAGCCCUGUGCAGAUUCAGACCCCUGUGGCCGUCCCCGAUGGAACUCACUUCAAAGCUACAGGCGCCACCGGAACCCAUCCUCAGAUGCUCAACAUGGGCGGGAGGCAGGUGGGUCGGAGGAGAAUAUUUGUACAAAUUGACACCGGAAAUGUCUGUCCCAUCGAGCUUGACCGAGCUGACAAAGUGGAAUCUGUGAAGAAGAAAGUCCAAGAAGUUCUUGGUGUGCCGACCGAGCAGAGCGCUCUUGUAUUUGGCGACCAUAUUCUGGAGAAGGAUCUGAGUGAAGUCCGACAUGACUCGCCGCUGCUUCUCACUCGAGGGCUCCGUCGCAGCUCGUCCACCCCCUGCCUCUCGCCGACUGUCAGGGACAAGGAAAAGAACAAGUCGCCGUCGAUUGAGACCAUGGGAAGUCGGCGAUUUCUCAAUGCGACUCUCAAGGGCUUGAUCAAGGAGACGUCCAAGGCCAUCGAGUGCGGCGUCCAGCCCGAGCUCGCGAAUGGCGGCCUGGGAGGAGCCUACUACUUCCGCAACCGCAAGGGCGAACGCGCAGCCAUCGUAAAACCCAACGACGAGGAGCCUUUCGCCCCGAACAACCCCAAAGGUUACGUGGGCAGAAAGCUCGGCUUCCCGGGCCUCAAGAGAUCGAUCCGCGUCGGCGAGACGGGCGUCCGCGAGGUCGCUGCGUAUCUUCUCGAUCACGACCACUUCGCGAAUGUGCCCGCCACCAUGAUGGUCAAGGCGUCGCACCCGGUCUUCAACGUGAACGCAGCCCCUCCGACUUCCAAAGAGAUUCCUCGACCUGAAUAUGCCGCGAGAUUAUGUUCCUUCCAAGAGUACGUGACCCAUGACUACGACGCUUCUGAACACGGGACGUCAAGGUUUCCCGUCUCGCAAGUGCAUCGGAUCGGUAUAUUGGACGUGAGAAUCAUGAACACUGAUCGGCAUGCAGGUAACAUUCUCGUGAGGAAGCUUCCACUAGACGAGUCCUUGGGAAGGAUGCGACCAUUUUCUGACGAGUCUGUGUGUCUGAUUCCCAUCGACCACGGUCUUUGCCUACCUGAAUCUUUCGAAGAUCCUUACUUCGAGUGGCUUCAUUGGCCGCAAGCUUCCGUGCCUUUCUCAGAGGAGGAAUUGCAGUAUAUUGCAGCCCUCGACCCUUUCAAGGAUGCGGAGCUUCUGAAGAAGGAGCUUCCCACUCUCAGAGAGUCAGCCCUCCAAAUUCUUGUGAUAUGCACCUUGUUUCUUCAGAGGGGUGCCGCAGCUGGAUUGACGUUGGCCCAGAUAGGAGGGAUGAUGAGUCGUGGAGUCUGUGGUGUGGGCGAAGAGGAGAGUGAGCUGGAGGAAGUGUUCGGUAUGGCAUUCGUAGUGAUGAUGGAAGAGGAAGGGGCUUACGAUAUCCCUUUCGAGGAUGAUCCUUGCGCAGAGUUCGAACAAUUUGCGAUCGACGAUAUCAACGAUUACGAUUCUUGGAGUUACGAGAGGGAAGGAGAGAGAUGCAGCCCAUUCCGAUCUCCUGUCAGUGUGAUCGGUGGAGUGAAUGGGGGAUUCCAUUACAACUACGGCACCUCCCCUCUAGCCUCUCCGAUGUCGCCUAGAGUUGGCAGUAUUAGCAGAGGGAAAACAUUUUCAGGAGGAGUUCCAUUGAUCUUGGAGGAUUUGAUGGAGGCUGUAGAUGAAGACGUAGAUGAUCCGGUGUCUCCUUCUCCCGUAUGCACGCCUCAUAGCCGUGCCCGUAAAACCCCAUCUCCUCCACCAUGGGAGAAGCACCAUGCCACGUCAGCCAGUAUGACCGAUGCAUGGGACUUUUCUCACAACACCGGGGGAGCGCACACACUCAGAAGCACUAGUUUAAACAUGUCGAGGCACAGGAAUCCGAAUGUGAAUCAGGACAACAGGGCCUUGCGUGGGCCUACUUCGGCAUCCGAAAUGACUCGGAAUCCCAAUGAUUUGCACAGCACAGUGGAUAUGCCUGAAAUGAACAGCAGUCAAUGGACGCGAUUCUUACAGCUGUUCGAAGGUCUGCUGCCGGUUCUAUUUGACAGAUUCAAAGUUGUGGCUGACAAGUAUCCACUGCCCACCAGACUUGGAACAUCUUGCCAGUUUUGAGUGAGGUGGAGAGUUUGAUGAACGGGAGGGACGGAUGAAUUUGUCGUAGGAGGUAAAGCUAAGCUAGUAUUCCGUUCAUUGUAAAGUGUUAUUUUUGUAUCUUACGAAGAUGAUUAGUUUACUUCAGUGGGGUUGAAGCAAAAUUGCCCCAGCAUUUGUUGUAGAGUUAUAUAAUCACGAAAGCAGCCAGUGGGUUGUGGACCCUGAGCUGAUGGUUUUCUCAAAUUGGAACAUCGAUAUUUUUUUUGGCUCUACGUGAGUU